AAGUAAAACCGGAAGCAAGCUGUUGUACAACCAGUAAAUCUAGUACCGUUAUUGCUAGGCUAACUAACAGAACCCCACGGCCAGGACUUUGUAUAGAACUGUCAAAAAUAAAUUAUCAGGGUCUUGGAACCUGUAAAUCCUGAAUCAAUAAACAACGUUUUCUGAAAACGUUAGACGCUCAAGACGCUAACGCUAGCUAGCCUAGCUAGCUGUCUAUUGUAGCUAACAGAAUGGAUCUGCCUGAGCCUUCGGUGGAUGCUGCUGCUGCUACGUCGGAACCCAAAGAUGUGACCAAGACCAUGGAGUUGUCCGCCGCUGUGAGAGCAAAAAUUGAACGGAACCGUCAACGGGCACUGAUGCUCAGACAAGCCCGAUUGGCAAGUCGAGGCUCCGCUGUCGUUAAAGGGGCAACUUCGGCGAAAGUGGCAAAAACUAUUGAUACUGGUGCGGGGUUUUUCAUUGACGAAGAAGACGACGGUGAACAAGAGCAGAGAGUUAUUAAAGUAGUUCACCAACCAGCUCCUGUGAUAGAGGCAGACUACCUGGUGUGUGACAACUGUGACAAACCCUUCAUGGACUCCUACCUUAGCAACAGCUUUGACCUGUCUGUCUGUGACAAGUGCCGAGACAACGAGGUGAAGCACAAGUUGGUGUCCCGUACGGAGGCCAAGCAGCAGUACCUGCUGAAGGACUGUGACCUGGACCAGAGGGAGCCCCCCCUCAGGUUUGUGCUGAGGAAGAACCCCCACAACCCCCACUGGGGAGACAUGAAGCUCUACCUCCAGCUGCAGGUAGAGAAGAGGUGUAUGGAGGUGUGGGGUUCGGAGGAGGCCCUGGAUGAAGCUAAAGAGUCACGCGAGGAGAACAGAGAGGUCCAGAAACAGAAACGCUUCAACAAGAAAGUCAAAGAGCUACGCAGGGCAGUGCGCAGCAGUAUGUGGACUAAGGACACCAGCGUCCACAAGCAUGAGUACGGGCCUGAGGAAGUGCUGGACGAGGAAGAGGAUCUCUACAAGAAGACCUGCACCUCCUGUGGACAUGAGCUCACCUACGAGAAGAUGUAGAGGACGCGCACACGCUCACUGACGCACGGACACACAGACGGAUACAGGAGUGAAAGAUGGACAGACAGACAUUAUGAUACAUACACAUGCAGUACCACACCACCUUGUCUUGAAAUGUAAAAAUGACUGUAAAUGAACUUAUAUUAUU